UUAUAUAAUUAUAACUCAAGCCACCAAAUUCUACGGUCACCAAACUAUCUUCCGUAGAUUUUUUCUCACACUCUCCUUACAAAAUCUGUACGCAACAUAAAAAAUACGCAAGAGAAUAUCCAAAGAAAAGAAAAGAAAAGAAAAAACCAAGAAAGAAAACAUUAGCCUUUAGAUUCGAUUUUGUUUGUUUUUUUUUUCGAGCACCAUAAAGUAGCACCAUCCCCCACAAAAAAGAAAAAAAAAUACUGACCCCAUUUUUCCCAAAGGAAAUUCGAACAAGGGUUUGGGAAACUAUGAGAACUUCAUGGGCGGAUUCUGUGUCAAAUUCUGCAGCUGAAAUUGCAAUUUCGGACAAAAAUCCAUUACCUCGUCCUACUCGUUCCACUUAUGUCCCUCCCCACCUUCGUAGCGGUUCAAUUUCCGACCUGUCAGGUCCGGUUAGCGGGACCAAUGGUGGGUCCCGUUGGACCGGCAGUGAUGGUGGAGGGACAAAGCCUGAACUCAGGCGUCAAGGACAGGGGAAUAGUUAUGCUACAGCCGGACGAGAUGCCGCUGGUGGUGGUGGUGGUGGUGGUGUUCGGAAUAAUAGAAGUGGAGGUUGGGAUAGGAGAGAAAGGGAAGUAAACCCAUUUGGUAAUGAUGAUAAAAUUGAUGAUAUAAAACAAAAUUUUAGUGAACAAGAGAAUUCCGGUAUCAAUUUCGAUGCAUACGAAGAUAUUCCAGUGGAAGUUAGUGGUGAAAAUGUGCCACCGCCUGUAAAUACAUUUGCCGAGAUAGAUUUAGGUGAAAUUUUGAAUCAAAACAUUAGGAGGUGCAAGUAUGUGAAACCGACUCCGGUACAACGUCACGCUAUCCCUAUAGCAUUAGCAGGUAAAGAUUUAAUGGCUUGUGCUCAAACUGGGUCAGGGAAGACGGCUGCAUUGUGUUUUCCUAUUAUUAGUGGAAUUAUGCGAGAGCCGUAUGCACAAAGAACGCGUGUAGGACGAACUGUUUACCCUCUUGGUCUUAUUUUGUCUCCUACGAGGGAACUUUCUUGUCAGAUACACGAUGAGGCCAAAAAAUUCUCGUAUCAAACUGGCGUCAAGGUGGUUGUUGCUUAUGGAGGAGCACCGAUUAACCAACAGUUGCGGGAGCUAGAGAGAGGAGUUGAUAUACUCGUGGCAACGCCAGGACGAUUGGUUGAUUUGCUAGAGAGGGCCCGUGUGUCAUUGCAAGCAAUUAGGUACUUGGCCCUCGACGAGGCAGAUCGCAUGCUUGAUAUGGGUUUUGAGCCACAAAUUAGGAAGAUAGUUGAACAAAUGAAUAUGCCUAAUCGGGGUGUGAGACAGACAAUGUUGUUCAGUGCCACUUUUCCAAGAGAGAUACAGAGUCUUGCUUCCGAUUUUCUUUCGAACCACAUAUUCUUGGCUGUUGGGAGGGUCGGCUCAAGUACCGAUUUGAUUGUUCAAAGGGUUGAAUUUGUUCUUGAGUCUGAUAAAAGAAGCCAUCUCAUGGAUCUUCUACAUGCACAGAGGGAAAAUGGAAAUCAUGGAAAGCAAGCUUUGACAUUAGUUUUCGUGGAGACUAAAAAAGGAGCCGACUCGUUGGAACACUGGCUCUGCAUGAAUGGAUUCCCAUCAACGACCAUCCAUGGUGAUAGGACUCAACAGGAAAGGGAACUAGCAUUGAGAUCUUUCAAGAGUGGAAAGACCCCGAUUCUAGUAGCAACCGAUGUGGCUGCUCGUGGUCUUGAUAUACCCCAUGUAGCUCAUGUUGUCAACUUCGAUCUUCCCAAUGACAUUGACGAUUAUGUCCAUCGAAUUGGAAGGACCGGACGUGCUGGUAAAACUGGGUUAGCCACCGCUUUCUUUAAUGAAAGCAAUUUAUCACUAGCAAGAGCACUAGCUGAGCUAAUGCAAGAAGCAAAUCAAGAAGUACCUGCAUGGCUUACCCAUUAUGCAUCCCGAGCUCCUUAUGGUGGUAACAAGAACCGACGAUCCGGUGGGCGUUUCGGUGGGUGUGAUUUCAGGCGAGAGGAAUCAAUUGGUAAAAACCUAGAUUACUACAGCGGAGGAAAUAGUGGUAAUGCAUACGGAGGUCUGGUUGAUAUCGGUGGAGGAUACGCACCAGGUGUGACUAGUGCAUGGGAUUAGCAAGCCCCCUUGCUUUGGAUCACUUCUUUCAUUUUUCUCGAGUAUGUAUAUAUGUGUAUAUAUAUUUUCCAUCAGUUUUCAAAGAUUAUUUUCUCUGUUUUCACUAUUUCCGUUCGCAAGGGUUCUACGAUUGAUGUUGGCUUGUGAAUUGGGAAGGUGACCCUAGGGAACUAACCAUUUACCCGACCUCCAUAACACAAGUUUGUCGUUGUCCCGAUGGGGGGAGAGGGUAACAUACGAAACUAACCUGUUUUAGGCUUGGGGCGCAUUGGCAUUGGCGUGUUUGCGUGCUCGGUUCGAUGAAAUGUACAUAGCUAGGAUCCUAGGAUGCAAAAGUUGCAUGGAAAAACAUAUUUGCAACCAAUCUAGGGUGAUUAUGUAA